GUGGUUUUCAGCAAGUACUGCAACUCUAGUGACAUCAUGGACCUGUUCUGUAUCGCCACCGGCCUGCCUCGGAACACCACCAUCUCCCUUCUGACCACAGAUGACGCCAUGGUUUCCAUCGAUCCCACCAUGCCUGCAAACUCAGAGCGAACUCCCUACAAGGUGAGACCUGUGGCCGUCAAGCAACUAUCUGAAAGAGAAGAACUCAUCCAGGGUGUGCUGGCCCAGGUGGCAGAGCAGUUCUCCAGAGCGUUUAAGAUCAACGAGUUGAAAGCAGAAGUUGCAAAUCACCUGGCCGUGCUGGAGAAACGGGUGGAACUGGAAGGACUUAAAGUGGUGGAGAUUGAAAAAUGCAAGAAUGACAUUAAAAAGAUGCGAGAGGAGCUGGCAGCCAGAAACAGCAGGACCAACUGUCCCUGUAAAUACAGUUUUUUGGAUAACAAGAAGUUGACACCUCGACGCGAUGUUCCCACUUAUCCGAAGUACCUGCUCUCCCCAGAGACCAUCGAAGCCCUACGGAAGCCCACCUUCGAUGUCUGGCUCUGGGAACCCAACGAGAUGCUGAGCUGCUUAGAGCAUAUGUACCAUGACCUCGGCCUGGUCCGGGACUUCAACAUCAACCCCAUCACCCUCCGCAGGUGGCUGCUCUGCGUGCAUGACAACUACAGGAACAACCCCUUCCACAACUUCCGGCACUGCUUCUGUGUGACACAGAUGAUGUACAGCAUGGUCUGGCUCUGUGGCCUCCAGGAGAAGUUUUCCCAGAUGGACAUCUUGGUCCUGAUGACCGCAGCCAUCUGCCAUGAUCUGGACCACCCAGGGUACAACAACACAUACCAGAUCAAUGCCCGCACGGAACUGGCUGUACGCUACAACGACAUCUCGCCGCUGGAGAACCACCACUGCGCCAUUGCCUUCCAGAUCCUGACGAGGCCCGAAUGCAACAUCUUCUCCAGCCUGCCACCUGAGGGCUUCAGGCAGAUCAGGCAGGGGAUGAUCACAUUGAUCUUGGCCACCGACAUGGCAAGGCAUGCUGAAAUUAUGGAUUCUUUCAAAGAAAAGAUGGAGAAUUUUGACUACAGCAAUGAGGAGCACUUGACCCUGUUGAAGAUGAUUCUCAUAAAAUGCUGUGAUAUCUCCAACGAAGUCCGUCCCAUGGAGGUGGCAGAACCAUGGGUGGAUUGUUUACUGGAAGAAUAUUUCAUGCAGAGCGACCGCGAGAAAUCAGAAGGCCUUCCUGUGGCCCCGUUCAUGGACAGGGACAAAGUGACCAAAGCGACGGCCCAAAUUGGGUUCAUCAAGUUUGUCCUGAUCCCAAUGUUUGAGACAGUGACCAAGCUCUUCCCCAUUGUCGAGGAGACCAUGCUACGGCCACUCUGGGAGUCUCGAGAACACUAUGAGGAGCUGAAGCAGAUGGAUGAUGCCAUGAAGGAGUUACAGAAGAAGACAGACAGCUUGACAACUGGGGGCACCGAAAACACCACAGAGAAGAACAGAGAUACAAAAAAUAGUGAAGGCCAUUCUCCUCCUCCAAACUGAUAUCUCAAUGUGUGCACCUGUCUCCAAACACCACAGUCAGGUGUUUUCACCUUUAACCUCAGAGUGGGGAUUGAACAUCAGCAUCCGAACAGUCCAGGGGAUACUUGCAAACUAUCAUUUGCCUGCUACACUUAGAGAAUGAGAGCAGAGUCAAACCACAGCAUGCAGCCUGCUUUCCAAAAAGUGCAACUUGAAUCCUGCAUAUCCCAAUUACAAUCUGGGCUCUGAUUUGGAAAGGUUCACACUUUGGUUAUGGAAAGGAUUAAUUAUUAAAAUGUGUGCCACUCGUGAGAUGAAAUAUCCUGUGAAGUGCAUCUGGAGUCCAAAAGCUUUUAAAGAGCAUCUCCUCUCUUCACCACGAGGAGGUGCCCUGACGCCGGCUGACACAGCACGGCCACUCAGUCAGCCAGUGCUGCAGCGCAUAUGACGGUGCGUGCUAAACUCUGACUGAGAACAUGGCUGUCGAGUGUCAUGUUUAAUGAGGGUUUAUGCUUGGAGCUGGAGAAGCUGAGAUGGAAGGGGAAACAGAGAAGGCUUCAGCCCAAGACAUGACCUUCGCAAGUGACGGCCAUGUGUCCCCACCUCUGGGAACCCCCAGGCCUCUUGUCUGUAAGCCCAAGGUCAUGGUGACAUGAUUGGGAUUUGAGUGUGAACUGCUGUUCCUUACUGAGGCAGCCAGUGACCCUUGAAGCCAGGUCAUGGUCUUGAGAGGAAAGUGGCAUUGACAUUGUCUAAUUUGGGCUGCGUGUGUUGUGUGGCUGACAGCCUCAUAUUAUUAUUUUUUUUUUUAGAU